AUGGUCGAUGUUGGUGGUCAACGAUCUGAGCGUCGAAAGUGGAUCCAUUGCUUUGAAAGCGUCACUUCCAUAAUGUUUUUAGUCGCACUCUCAGAAUACGAUCAGGUUUUGGUGGAGUCGGAUAAUGAAAAUCGUAUGGAGGAAAGCAAGGCGCUUUUUCGCACUAUAAUCACCUACCCUUGGUUCCAAGAAUCUUCAGUCAUUCUUUUUCUAAACAAGAAAGAUCUCCUUGAGGAGAAAAUUCUUUACUCGCAUCUAGUUGACUACUUUCCAGAAUUCGAUGGUAAGUUUUGUCUGUAA